AGGCACUACUAAGCUUGGCAACCUUGGAAAUCAUUAUUCCAAGUGGAAUUCCAAAUUUUACUGAAGAAAAUAUCGAUACUUUAUUAAACAAAAAGUCUAGGGCUAUAGCGUUUUAUGAUGAACUUCUUCGUUUUUAUCUAUCGAUCUAUCUUUCCCAUGAUUCCGGUAUAUCGGAUCUAUUUUCUGCAAAAGCGUUUUUCCAACAAUUAGAGUUAAAUGUUGAGGCUUCUAUGGUUGAUGCGAGCAAUUUAUCUGUACCUUCUCCUUCUACUCAAUCUAUAUAUCGUCAUCCUCCGGGAAAAUCGCGUUCAAGUUCUGCGACUACUUCUCCUUCAAUACCUGGAACUCCUAUUUGCUCUUCCGUCUACAAAAGUUUAAGUAAACCAUCUGAAGGAACUAUCAUUUAUUCAAACACUUAUAAUAUGAGUUUGGAUGAUCGAGGUAUGGUAGUUACGAAGCGUAAAGGUUGUUGGAUUUGUGUUAUUCCAUUAACUGCUCCUAUAGUCUUUGCUCAAACACGCGCUCACAGUCCGGCAUUAUCAUUAAGUGUAACACCAUCAUUGUUACCUUUGAUCGACGAAGUUUCAAAACAAGUAAUAAUAUCUCCUCGAUCUGAAUUGUAUGCUGCGCAUCAUUUCGGCAAGAUGAAUUUAUUAGCUGGCCUAAAUGAUGAUCCUGCAUUUGAAGAUUCUCCUGCAUUAUGUAGAAUACAAUAUGCUAAUUUACCGGGAAUAUGUAAUGAACCAAAACGAAGUAUAUAUCCGGCUGUGCAACCCGUGAAACGUAAUUGUCGAAAAAUGUUGAAUGUUAAAACCGCGUUAAAUGUACAAUUAAGAACCACUAAUGUAUCUUCAUCGGAAAAUACCAUAUUGGUUUCUGUUGUAUUGGCAAAUAAUAAUGUCGAAAAUACUGGUUCAUUUAUUGUGGACUCGAUAAAAAUGAAUAUUCCUCAUGGCUUCGUAACGAAGUACGAAUGGAUGCAUAAAAAUGAGGCUGUGGAUGAAUUCCCAAUGACAUUACAUCCAGUUGAUCAGGCCACAUUUCUUUAUUAUGUCACAAUACUCGAAAAACCUCCUUUACCUAAAACGGACCCACCGCAGCACUGUCCUACUCCAAGUCCAAAUUCUUGCGUAUCAUCACGUCGAAAUUCCGUUGCUUCCAUUUUUUCAAAUACCUCAUUCGAUCCACCACCCUCUCCUGAAGAAGAUCAACAACGUCCCCUUUCAGUAAUAAUAAAAGGCUCUCCCAUAUUCGAGGGUGAGAAAUUGCCAUGUAUAGAAUCUGAAUGGAACUGCUUACUAGAUUUAUCUAGUUUACUAAACCAUGAUGACUCAAUGUCUCCUAAUAAAUUAAAUCGAUCAAAUCAACGAACAUUAUCAUUAACUUCUAAAUUUAGAAAUAAUGAUUCUUUAUAUAGUAUUAAUGGUAUACUCUCCGGUGGAAGAACUCCAAUGAUACUGAACCCUACGGGUUCAAAUAUUGAAAAUAGUGUCGUUAUGUCUUUUUUUGGUUCUAAAUACAAACAUAGUGGUUGGUCAGGUGUUUACGAUACAAGUUCAUGUUGUAAACAAGUCUUCCCAUGUUCAAAACUUGGCGAUAAUGGUCAUACUGACAUUAUAAUACAUGGUAAUCCGCCAAGCCAGAUUGAGCCUUUUAUGGAAGAAACAGAAUUCCUAAAAAAAUACUUUGAUGUUGAAACACCUGAUGCAGACAUAGUUUGUCUAGAAAAUAAUGUUCGAGUAGGUCCUUUAAAUCCUUCGUCCUCUGAAUAUGUAACAUUACAUUUUAUAGCAGUAAAAGAAUCUCUGCAUGUAGUAGAACUGAUACAAGUGGUAAAUACUGAUACAGGAUUCAUGACUAAUCUAAGAAACGUUUUGGAAAUAUUAGUUUCAAAAGACUUACCACCUAAAAACGAUAAUAAAUUUUCCGAUUUGAUAAUGAAGAAACAAGUAAUAAUUGCUGAGUAG